AUGUCCCUAGGUAGGACCAGAACUUGUUACCAGUCACUGAAGAGCAUCAGCUCUCGUGGCUUGAUGUUGAGAAACUUUGUUAGCCAAACAAGCUCUAAGAACGCAACCGUCAUGGUGAAGACCCCCCCAAUUUCUUCGAUGUCAUUCAAGGCACCAUCGACAGAUGCUCAUCUCAAAACGUUGUCAAAAAGUGAGCUGUUCUCACUGGGCGUGAUUGGAGUCGCUAGUAUCAAUAAACCUAUGCUAGAUUUAGUCAUCAAAUUGUUUCCAUUUGUUCCGGUAUGGUUGAUGAAGUUGUUGGUAUCAUCCCUAUACUGUGGAGGAGAAAACUUCCAGGAGGUGAGAGAAACAGGUAAAAGACUGCAACAACGUGGUAUUAACAAUAUGAUGCUCUCUUUAACCAUCGAAGAUGCUGAAGGUGUCAAAAAUAUAGACAUCGACUACAUCGUCAAGGAGACAAUAGCUUCUAUCCACGAAAUUUUGAAGCCAAAUCUGGAACAGCAGCUGUCUACCGCUAGUGAUAUCAACAGUAUCCCUCCCGGAUAUAUUGCUCUGAAACCUUCUGCUUUGGUUUCCAAUCCAUAUGAGGUCUUACUAAACUUCCAAAAUCCUGAAUGGAAGUCACAACGUGAUGCCCUAAUCGCCAACUGUUCAGCUAUUACAGAAGAAGUCUUCAAGUUAAAUCAAGAGUUUUCAAAGAAGUAUCCUGAAAGGACAACUCCAUUUUUUGUCUCUACAAUUGAUGCUGAAAAGUACGAUCUGCAGAAGGCUGGUGUCUACGAAUUACAGAGAAUAUUGUUUUCAAAAUAUAAUCCUAAGUCUUCGCCUCUCAUUUCAUGCAUCGGAACGUGGCAACUUUAUCUUACAGAUUCUGCUGCUGAUUUGGCAAAAGAUUACGAGAGAGCUGAGAAAGGAGGUUACAGACUUGGCUUGAAAAUCGUCCGUGGCGCCUACAUUCAUUCAGAACCACAACGUGAUACUAUAAUCUUCUCUGAUCAAGAAGGUACUGAUAAAAAUUACAACUCUGUGAUGACGAAAGUAAUUUCUGAUCUUCUAGACAAAGGCGAGAAGUCUACGUAUGGGCACUUAGUGGUAGCUUCCCAUAACUACAAAUCUCAAAUGCUAGCGACAAAGAUGUUGGAAGCCAAGGACGGGAGUGUCGGGAAGGCUAACGUUGUGCUUGGUCAGCUCCUUGGUAUGGCUGACAAUGUGACUUAUGAUCUGAUAGCAAACCACGGGGCUAAAAAUAUCAUUAAAUAUGUUCCAUGGGGCCCACCGCUAGAGACUAAGGACUACCUCUUGAGAAGAUUACAAGAAAAUGGAGAUGCUGUGAGAGCGGACAAUGGCUGGCCCUUGGUGAAAGCUGUCACGAAGACGAUGUUCAGUGCAUAA